UCCAUCCAUGCCAUUGUGUUUUGAUAUCUAGAAAAGCACGCCAUUCUUUCAAUUGGUGUUAUAAUUUUCACCAAGUAAACUCAUCAUGCCGGGCCAUAUAGAUUGUUAUCUUGAUUGCUGUAAGUGCAUCAAAUCAUUUAUCUCCAGAAACUUUCCCCACGUCCCCCGCAUUCUGCCACCCGGCUAACCCCUAUCGAUACCAAAGCUUCAUUCUACAGCUACGCCGCUCUAGUACACCUCCGAAAGAAUCGAGAAGUUCUUCUUACUCAUGAUGUUACCGUCGAGUGAGUUUUUUAAUCUCUCUACUCUUUCAGAUCCUAUCUAAAUCCAGUCUCAAGUCUCAUUCCGGUCUUCCUCGGCGGCAUAAACCACGGCUCGGGAAACAAACCACCAUGGACUCUUCCUGCCAAGGCAAAGUACAGCAAAUUCGACACUGCUCGCACGAUUUUAUAUCAUGGGCUUCCGGAACUUCAACCUCCUGAUUUCUUCCCACCUGUGACACUUCUUGUAUGUAAUCAAUCAUCUCUCGCCAGACACUGAUUUGUAGCUAACACAUGAUGUGAACACAAAGCCUCAAAGAGCACUCUGCUUCAUCAAAUCCCGCUAUCCCGUCGAAACAUUCGAGAAAACAUUCUUAAGCAUGUUCGAUGCCCUUUGGGUUGCUCCUCACAGAAACAUCACGAUUCCUGAAGAACUUCGGGAUUUCCUAAGUAAGCUAGGAUCGUUUGAUGAGAAGCAGGUGGGGGAGAUUAUGGCAAUGGCGGCGGAGAAAGAGUGGAAGGAUAAAUUACUGGCGAAUACAAAAGAUGCGCUUGAGAAGGGUGCAUUUGGGGCACCGUGGCUGUGGGUUAGGAAUGGGGAGGGGUUGGAGGAACCGUUUUUUGGGAGUGAUAGGUUUCAUUUUAUUUGGAGGUUUUUAGGGGUUGGAUUUAGGGAUGUGGAGAUUGUGGAAGGUGAUAAAGGGGAAGAGAGGAAGAAGGCCAAGUUGUGAGAAUGUGUCUGUGUAGAUCGCGUUGGUGAUAGUUGGGCAUAACUGCUGUACAUUGACGAACAGUGAACUGUACAUGUGCUACUAUUUAGAAGGAUAGCGUAAGGAUAUUGUUGUGUUGAGAAACUGGAGUUUAAAAACUGUACGGAGCACACUAUCAAUGAAAUAUGUUGAAGAC